AUGCAACAUGAUGAUGUUAUCUGGUCUGUUCUUAAUGGACAAUUUUGUUCAUAUAAACAACAAAAAUCAAAAACACAAAUAUUCUGUUCAAAUGAAUAUAAUUUAACUGGUUUAUGUGAUCGUCGUUCAUGUCCAUUAGCUAAUUCACAAUAUGCAACUUUGUUGAACGUUCACAUUAUCCAAAAAAAACAAUGGGAAAAAAUUAAAUUACAUGAAAAUUAUAUUCGUGCAUUAAAACAAAUUAAUGAACAUUUGAUUUAUUGGCCACGUUUUAUAAGACAUAAAUGUAAACAACGUUUAACAAAAUUAACACAAUAUAUUAUUCGUACACGUCGUUUAAUGUUAAAAAAAACUGCUAAACAAGAAUUAGUACCAAUAAAAAAGAAAGCUGAAAGACGUGAACGUCGUCAUGAAGAAAAAGCAUUUGUUGCUGCAAAUAUUGAUCGAGCUAUUGAAAAUGAAUUGCUUGAAAGAUUAAAAAAAGGAACUUAUGGAGAUACAUAUACAUUUCCUGUUAAUGCAAUUUCAAUGGAUGAAGAAGAUGAAGAAGUUGAAAGUGAUGAAGAUGAAGAAGAAAAAGAAAAAGAACAAGAAAGUGAAGAAGAAAUUGAAUAUGUUGAAGAUUUUGAUGAAAGUGAUGCUGAAGAUAUGGAAGAUAUGGGUGAUGAUAUGAGUGAUGAAGAAGAAUUAAUUAAAUCAAUUCCAUCAUCAAAGAAACGUUCACUUGAAAUUGAAUAUGAACCGGCAGUUGAAAUACCUGUUCGAGGUGCUGAACGUGCCGGAAUUAUUUAUUGUUAUGCUACAAGAGAUUCAGUAGCUGAUGAUUGGCAUGUAGACAAACUUGAAUUUAAAGGUAGUAGUCAACCGCAACGUUUUCUUUUCUAUGAUCGAGCAUUACGACGAACUUCACCAUCAACAGAAAAAUUAGAAUAG